AUGUUAACUAUAAAUUAAUAAUAUCUUUAAAAAUAAAAUUGUUACAGAAUACGUUCCAUUUAUUUGGAAGAUUAUUUUAAAAUAUUAAAAUUAAAUAAUACUUUAAAAAAUAAAAUACUUUUAUUUUAUUAUAAUAGCUUUUUAUUUAAAUACAGAAAAUAAUAGAUAUUCAUAAUACUUUUUUUUGUUUUUCUACGAAAGAGAUAAAUAAAAAUCCCUUUGUAGAAAAGCAAUUUAGAAUUGAUAACUCAAAAUGGAAGAUAGUAUUUUUCAAACAAAUUAAAAAGAAAACUUUAAAAAUACUAAAACCCUUUUAUUUAAUAAAUGAUAGAAGAUGAUACGAACAACGAAGAAGACAAAAAUAAUUGUUUCCCUACGCUGAUGGAUGCAUUCAAUUAACAAACAGCAAUUGAUUCAUAGGUGAAGAAUUAGGAUAAUAAUAAUUUACUUUCUAAUAAUAUACUUUAAAGAAAUGAUAGGACUCAAGUUUAGUAAUUUCAAGAUAAGAAACCCUACAGCCAACCUAAUCCUAAACUAGAAAAGUUUUCUUUCCUAUUCGGCGAAUAUGAAAAAAGCAUUAAAAAAACUAAUAAUACUAUUAAUUGA